AUGGCGGGCAGCACGAAUGACUUCGAGAAUCCGGAGUCAAACCGGCCCUCUGGAUUGACGGGGAGUGAGUAUCCUCCGGGAUCAUUGACUCCGGCUCCGAGAUCUGCGCCUUCUGUGCGAAGAAAUUACGGAAGCCUGGAUACCUUCCCCGCUGAGGCGACGUCCGAAAUGCGCGACGAAGAAAGCUACGAGGAUUUCGCGAACCGCGCCUACACAUCGUCCUCUACGGCUCCUGACAGGCCUAAAAAGCCACCAGUGACCCGCCGCAUGUCAUCCAAACGUCAAAUACCCCACAAGGGACAAGAGUUCUCGACCGACGAUGAUAUCAAGGAAAUUGAGGAAGACAUUGCCUUGCACCAGGCCUCCACUUCCCAGCCAUCCCCGAGGAUUCGUCCAUUGCGUGCACCAAGCACCCUGAGACGACGCCCCAGUGCCCGUCCCAGUCCGCUAACACGAGCUGAAUCGGAUAAUCUUACUGGGGACGACUCUGUCUUACCAGAACCUAGCUUGGACGACUCGAGAGAGCUUCCAUCCCUACGACAGUCAGAUGGAGGGAGUGACCUGGACAGCGGUGACGACUCCCCUGGCGAUGAUGACGAGGAUGUCCAUGAAGACGACGACCAUGAGGACGAAGAAGCAAGCAGUGAUGCAGAGAGCUUCACGCUCAAGGAUCGGCAGCAAGCCAUUAAUGAAACCCAUCCUUUCGGAAUCCGAAUCUGGAAGCCGGCUGUGUACAAGAAGAGUCGAUCGGUUGAAAAAACCGCCGAGGGGGAUAUUCAUUCGUCACCGGGGGGUCGUGUCAGCCCUAUGCUAUUCUUAUCCAACCUCCUGUGGUCUUUAUUCUUUGGAUGGUGGCUUGCCCUAAUUGCCUUGUUAGCGGCGGUAGCUUGCUUUUGCUUCGCCUACUCAUCCAGCGCUGUGGCUUAUGGAAGGGUAUUCUCGGGGCUUUCGCGCUACCUACUCUACCCAUUUGGAUCGUUUGUUCUCCUACAGACUGAUGAACUUUAUGCAGAGGAAGAUGAAGGGGAGGGCCGCAGUAUCAGCGAAUAUGAGCAAUGGCAGAACGGGGACUUGGAACAUGGUCGACUGUUCUUUGGCCCUCGCAGGGACCGAUCACUUGUGGGACGUCGACGAAACAGUGUGGAUUCUGCUGGCGAACAAGACAGUCUGCUGGGCCGGCCUCAGCGAGGACAACUUUCGGAUUCACAGCUCCCUCAAGCGAAGCGUCGCCUAUUUGGCCGCGGUGAAUGGAAUUCAGGCCGAGUGGUAUUCUUUGUGUUCUUCUAUUUCUUGGUAGGACCCUUGAUGCUUUUGGUGUCCUUAUUCUGCUGGCUGCUGGUCUUUGCGAUUCCAAUGGGUCGUGUAACACUCAUCCUGGUGAGCCAUCUACGAAGACAUCCUCUUGCCUUGUCUUUCCAUUCCGAUACUUCAUAUGCAAGGCUCAGCUCCGAGUCUUCCUCGCCUUCUAUUCUACUAUGCACAUACCGUGCUGCAGGCACCAGGUACUGGAAAUACACGAUCGACGGCACAAACAUCUUUUUCAUCAACCUGCUAAGUGUGGUCUUUUUCGUCAUAUUUGAUUACUACGUUUUGAGUCAAUACUUGGGAAUACAGUCAUGGUUGACGCACCCGGGAUUGAUCUUCACCCUCGCUUUGCUUUCAAUCAUCCCGCUAGCCUACUUCAUCGGUCAGGCAGUUGCUUCGAUCUCGGCUCAGUCCUCAAUGGGUCUAGGUGCCGCGAUCAACGCGUUCUUCUCAACUAUUGUAGAGGUAUACCUCUACUGCAUCGCCUUGACAGAGGGCAAGGCUCGGCUUGUUGAGGGAAGUAUCAUUGGAAGUAUCUUCGCGGGAAUUCUAUUUCUACCUGGCCUCUCUAUGUGUUUUGGCGCCAUCAAGCGCAAGACUCAACGGUUCAAUGUGAAAUCUGCAGGUGUGACCUCGACGAUGCUUCUGUUUGCUAUGAUCGCCGCUUUUGGUCCCACCCUAUUCUACCAGGUUUAUGGCAGUCACGAACUCAAUUGCCAUCCAUGUGUGGCACCGGCCGGCAUGGUGAUCCAGGACGACUGCCGCCAAUGCUAUUUCUCCCAGCUGGCAUCUGUGCAGGAUGCUUUCUUUGAGAAGGCAGUCCAGCCUUAUGCUUGGGCUGCCGCUGUCUUCCUUUUCUUGUCGUACAUAAUUGGCCUUUGGUUUACCCUUCGGACGCACGCUGCUCUAAUUUGGGAGGUUGAAGAGAAAGAGAAAAAGGCUUCUCACCCUAUCCAGGAUUCGCUGUCUUAUGAACCCAGGCAUGCCUUCUCAGGAUCUCCUGAGGCUUCCGGUGCUCUCACUAGCCACAAAGACUCCAUUCGUGAGUCCCCGUUGUACAAGCGGAUCUUAGGCCAAUCACUUAGGCAGGUUGGCCUCGAGGAUGGAGGCUGGGAAACCACUGACGGCAGCUCGGCGGUGGAACAUCGGAGCAACCCGCCUUAUCUAGUACCCCCACAAGCUGGGGGCAUCGAGGAUCGGCAGAUUCCCAAAAGCAUUCGAGGGUUGAGUGGGGAAGACAACGAGAGGCUUGUCCGCGAGGUUACCGAAAUGGCGGCCACAGCUGCUGUAGUGGCGGCUCGCGAUGCUGCUCGAAAUCGGAAGCCCCAAAGUCAACACACUGCUGGGCGUCAGGCCGGGCGUGCUAUGGCCGAUCAAAUCAAACCACCUCUUGAGGAGGCCGAGGAUGUUGGCAUUACCGCCGAUGCGCACGCUGGCGGAGGUCACGAUGCUCCAAAUUGGAGUCGAACAAAGAGUUCCGUAAUUCUCCUCGGUGCAACUAUUCUCUAUGCUAUAGUUGCAGAGCUCCUUGUCAAUACCGUGGACGUGGUAUUAGAGAGUGUGGACAUUGAUGAAAAGUUCCUUGGAAUCACGCUGUUUGCCCUGGUGCCCAACACCACCGAGUUCCUUAAUGCCAUAUCAUUUGCCAUGAACGGUAAUAUAGCAUUGUCUAUGGAGAUUGGUUCCGCCUAUGCUUUGCAAGUCUGUCUAUUGCAGGUGCCUGCCCUGGUCUUUUUCAGUGCUCUAUAUACCCGCUCUAUCGACCCUGCAGAACUUGCGCAGCACUCUUUCAACCUUCUCUUCCCUCAGUGGGAUAUGAUCACUGUCAUCCUGUGCGUCUUCCUAUUGUCGUACGUGUACGGCGAGGGGAAAAGCAACUACUUCAAGGGCUCUGUGCUUGUCUUGACCUACUUGGUUGUCAUCCUCGGUUUCUACCUAUCAGGAUACAGCAACCUGGACGGCAUGGGUGUAGACCGAUUCGACAAGCUCGCCCUUGGCUCCAUCCCCUCCGAGAAGUUCUAUACUAUCGGUCGUACUCGCUCCGGGGUGGCAUAUUAGACUGAACAUAUCUAGCUCAUCAUAAUGCCCAGGCAUCGCCCAUGUUCUAUUUUGUGGGCCAUGCCAUUCUGUCUCAUAGCUACAAC